GAUCCUAAAUCCCCUCGACGCCAAUUCAACGGCACCACCUAUGUUUCAUCACCGCCACACGCGUGGCGGCUUGCCAAUGCUUCCCAUCCACAAGUUGGUGUGUCACCCGCAGGCCCAGCUUACUGGACCUCAGCUUGUUUUACCGGUAACGAAGCGGUUGGUUGCGGUCUAUAAAAGGCCCAGUGAAAGCACAAGGAACAAAAUUCAAAUCACAAACCAAAAGGAUAGAGUGAAAUAUUAUUCAUUGAUCUCUUAGAACUGAAAAUAAAUAAAUAAUAAUAAUAAUGCCAAUCCAUAAGUUUACACUCGGAUCACCGGGAGAGGCGAGCCAACCGGACGCGAUAAAGGCCUCAUUCGCCGAGUUCUUCUCCAUGAUCAUCUUUGUUUUCGCCGGACAAGGAUCCGGAUUAGCUUUUGAUAAGGUAGCGGACGGCGGUGGAUCUACGACAGCGUCGGGGCUGAUAAUUGCAUCUCUGGGUCAUGCUUUUGCGUUGUUUGUGGCGGUUUCGGUGGGAGCGAAUAUCUCCGGCGGGCAUGUGAAUCCGGCAGUUACAUUUGGUGCGCUUGUUGGUGGAAACAUAUCGUUGUUUAGAAGUAUAAUGUAUUGGAUUGCUCAAUUGCUUGGCUCUGUUGUUGCCUGCUUCCUUCUUAAGUUUGCCACCGGUGGAAAGGUAACGCCAGCAUUUGGUCUAUCAUCAGGAGUUUCUGUAUGGAAUGGAUUUAUAUUUGAGGCAGUGAUGACAUUUGGAUUAGUAUAUACAGUAUAUGCAACAGCAAUAGAUCCAAAGAGGGAGAAUUUAGAUAUCAUUGCCCCAAUUUCCAUUGGUUUCAUUGUUGGUGCCAACAUUUUAGUUGGUGGUGCUUUUGAUGGUGCUUCCAUGAACCCUGCAGUCACCUUUGGCCCUGCUGUUCUCACUUGGUCUUGGACCCAUCACUGGGUUUACUGGCUUGGUCCUAUGACUGGUGCAGCCAUUGCUGCCAUUGUUUAUGAUACACUCUUUAUCUCUGACUCCAUGCAUGAUCCUCUUACUCAGUAUAAUGAUUUCUAGAACCAUUUAUUCCCUCUAAAACUAGAACAAAGAUUUGAAGUUUCAGCCGCAAUUUUUGGACACGUUUUUUUGAUCAAGAGUGAUUUUUUUUUUUGUUAAUGUUUUGUUUUUCUUGAAUUAUAAAUUCAGAAGCAGAGUAGAUUUUUUUAUUUAUAUUGUAUGGGUUGAUUCCACACGUUGAAGAUUUUGAUUGACGACAAAGCUAAGAAUGAGGAAGAGAAUAUAUGGAUAGAGCUUAUUAUUUUGUUAUCAAA